GUGUCCCAUUUCAGGGGCCCCUAACGCGCAGGUGGACCCUGAAUUCACACACAGGUAAUGUAUUAGACUUUAAUUACUGCCUUCAAUCCGCUGUGACUUCACACUGCAUCAUAGAGGCUGAAAACAUCACUGAUAAUGUCUCUGGAGUUGUGUACUGGAACAUGUCAACAAUUUCAUUUCUUGAACAUAAAUAACUGCCAGGAAAAAUAAAAAGAUAAGCAAACACAUAUGCAGAAUUAAAAAUGAUUAAAAAUCAAAAAAUGUGCAGUUUGACUUUGUUGAGAGACACAAACAGAAGCAGCUUUAGUGAAAAGUCAGUGUUUUUUGGAGAGUUUCUAGAAACCAGAUGACUUUAACUGUGUUAUUUACUGUGGCCAUUUAGCUGGUUAACUUCAACAAUGUUUUUAUCUGCUCGGGUCAGAAAGUUUAACAAUUCCAUUAUUCAAUGUGCAUUUUCAUAUCUCCAAGAUACUGCAAGAUAUUCAUUUGUUAUUUAUGAUGAAUUAAAGAUGAAAAAUGAUUGAGUGUGUUUCCUGAAAAUAAUGGCCUCGUUCCUGUUGAGUUUACAUAUUAUAGGAAAACAUUGUGAGGGAGUGGAAGUCUUCAUACAACGUUGAAAGGAAAACUUUUGAUAAGAGCUUGUCAGAUGGAAGAGGUGUUGCGUUUCCAGUUGAAUCUUUAUUCCUCCAAAAUGAGGACCACCGUCUACAACCGCAGUUAUUCAGCCCCUGCAUGAUACGGGUUAUAUCCAAGAAUAUGGCCUGUGAUCCAAGUAUUUCAUUGUUUCUCGUGCAAAGAAUAGUGAGACACCCAGUACCAUGAAAGGGCCCACAACCAGAGAAGAAGAAGUCUGCUCCUCCUCCAGCCUCUCUGGCCUGGCCUUCUCCAGCUAAACGUGGAGCCGUGACUCAUCGAAGGAAAGAAUUAACACACAAACUCUUGUUCCUACAGGCAGCAAGCUGGGAGUCUUCUUCUUCAGCCUCUUGGACUGGUUGAACCGAGUAUUAGGGUAGAGAGUGUGUGUGAGCUGAUGUGGAUGUGAAGCAGCAUGGAUCAGUGUGCGGACAGAGAGGGGGAAGUCCCUCCCUGUAAAACCACUCUGUGUGGGGAACAUGAGAGCCAGAAGAGAUCUCAGAGCCCAGAGCAGCAGUACACACCAGACUCUGCAGGACCUGGACCUGGACCUGAACCCGAGCCUGGACCUGGACCCAGCUGUGUGUCCAUAAAAAGCAGCCAAUCACUUGAUCCUCCUCUUAAUUUCAGACAAUCUGUUGACAAUGGAAAGGUCCAGCAGCAGAGACCAGGCUCUCCUGAACCCAGCUGUCUGACUUUAAAGAGCAACUGGUCAAAGGAUAUUAUUACUGAGUUUAAGGAACAACAUCCAUCAGCUGCUCAGAUAGUGGACCAGCAGAUCUCAGAGGUUCCCAGUGGUCAGUCUGCCCAGCAGCAUCAAACACACCUGGACUCCAUAUUUAUGCUGCUGGAGGAGAACAUUGUUACUUUUGUGAAGGACGAGCUGAAGAAGCUCCAGAAGGUUCUUAGUCCAGAAUUCUCAGAGAGUCAGACGGAGGAUGAGGAGGUGUUGGACGGUGAGGAUGAAGAGCAGAGGAGGAGCAGCAAAGAGGCAUUUCUGAAGAUCACUCUGAACUUCCUGAGGAGAAUGAAGCAGGAAGAGCUGGCUGACUCUCUGCAGAACAGAACUUCUGCUGAAAUUUCUGGGCAUUUUGCCCCUCUUUAUCAACGUAAACUCAAAUCUAAGCUGAAGGAGAAGUUCCAGUGUGUGUUUGAGGGGAUUGGUAAAGCGGGAAACCCAACCCUUCUGAACCAGAUCUACACAGAGCUCUACAUCACAGAGGGAGGGACUGGAGAGGUCAACGAUGAACAUGAGGUCAGACAGAUUGAAGCAGCAGCCAGGAAACCACACAGACCAGAAACAACCAUCAGACAAGAAGACAUCUUUAAAGCCUCACCUGGAAGAAAUGAACCAAUCAGAACAGUGAUGACAAAGGGAGUGGCUGGCAUCGGGAAAACAGUCUUAACACAGAAGUUCACUCUGGACUGGGCUGAAGACAAAGCCAACCAGGACAUACAGUUCACAUUCCCAUUCACCUUCAGAGAGCUGAAUGUGCUGAAAGAGAAAAAGUUCAGCUUGGUGGAACUUGUUCAUCACUUCUUUACUGAAACCAAAGAAGCAGGAAUCUGCAGGUUUGAUCAGUUCCAGGUCGUGUUCAUCUUUGACGGUCUGGAUGAGUGUCGACUUCCUCUGGACUUCCCCAACACUGAGAUCCUGACUGAUGUUACAGAGUCCACCUCAGUGGACGUGCUGCUGACAAACCUCAUCAGGGGGAAACUGCUUCCCUCCGCUCGCCUCUGGAUAACCACACGACCUGCAGUAGCCAAUCAGAUCCCUUCCGAGUGUGUUGACAUGGUGACAGAGGUCAGAGGGUUCACUGACCUACAGAAGGAGGAGUACUUCAGGAAGAGGUUCACAGAUCGCCAACUGGGCAACAAAAUCAUCUCCCACAUCAAGACAUCACGAAGCCUCCACAUCAUGUGCCACAUCCCAGUCUUCUGCUGGAUCACUGCUACAGUUCUGGGGGAUGUGUUGAAAACCAGAGAGGGAGGUAAGCUGCCCAAGACCCUGACUGAGCUGUACAUCCACUUCCUGGUGGUUCAGUCCAAACUGAGCAACAUCAAGUAUCAUGGAAGAUCUGAGACAGAUCCACACUGGAGUCCAGAGAACAGGGAGAUAAUUGAGUCUCUGGGAAAACUGGCUUUUGAGCAGCUGCAGAAAGGAAACCUGAUCUUCUAUGAAUCAGACCUGACAGAGUGUGGCAUCGAUAUCAGAGCAGCAUCAGUGUAUUCAGGAGUGUUCACACAGAUCUUUAAAGAGGAGAGAGGCCUGUACCAGGAGAAGGUGUUCUGCUUCGUCCACCUGAGUGUUCAGGAGUUUCUGGCUGCUCUUCAUGUCCAUCUGACCUUCUUCAACUCUGGAGUCAAUCUGAUGAUGUCAGACGAACAAUCUACCUCCAAGAAGUCUAAAGGAAAGGUUGAAUGUACACAGACCCACUUCUACCAGAGAGCUGUGGACGAGGCCUUACAGAGUCCAAAUGGACACCUAGACUUGUUCCUACGCUUCCUCCUGGGUCUUUCACUGGAGACCAAUCAGAAUCUCCUACAAGGCCUGAUGUCAAAGACAGGAAGUCACUUACAGACCAAUCAGGAAACAGUCCAGUACAUCAAGCAGAUAAUCGAAGAGACUCUCUCUCCAGAGCAAAGCAUCAACCUGUUCCACUGUCUGAAUGAACUGAAUGAUCAGUCUCUAGUGGAGCAGAUCCAACAGUCCCUGAGUUCAGGAAGUCUGUCUACAGAUAAACUGUCCCCUGCUCAAUGGUCAGCUCUGGUCUUCAUCUUACUGUCAUCAGAAAAAGAUCUGGACGUGUUUGACCUGAAGAAAUACUCUGGUUCAGAGGAGGCUCUUCUGAGGCUGCUGCCAGUGAUCAAAGCAUCUAACAAAGCUGUACUAAGUGGCUGUAACCUCUCAGAGAGAAGCUGUGAAGCUCUGUCCUCACUUCUCAGCUCCCAGUCCUCUAGUCUGAAAGAGCUGGACCUGAGUAACAACAACCUGCAGGACUCAGGAGUGAAGCUGUUGUCUGCUGGACUGCAGAGUCCACACUGUACACUGGAGGCUCUCAGUCUGUCAGGCUGUCUGGUCACAGAGGAAGGCUGUGCUUCUCUGGCUUCAGCUCUGAGCUCAAACCCCUCCCAUCUGAGAGAGCUGGACCUGAGCUACAAUCAUGCAGGAGACUCAGGAGUGAAGCUACUGUCUGCUGGACUGGAGGAUCCAGACUGGAGCCUGGACACCCUCAGGCUUGAGCCUGGUGGAGUCCAGUGGUUGAGACCAGGUCUGAAGAAGUAUUCCUGUGAACUCACAUUCGACUCAAACACGGUGAACAGAGAAAUCAAACUGUCUGACAACAAGAGGAAGGUGAUACUUGUGAGGGAGGAUCAGUCAUAUCCUGAUCAUCCAGACAGAUUUGACCACUGGGCUCAGCUGCUGUGUAGAAAUGACUGUACUGGUCGCUGUUACUGGGAGGUUGAAUGUGUAGGAGGGUGUUAUAUAUCAGUGAGUUACAGAGGAAUCAAAAGGAAAGGAGACAGAGAUGACAGCAGGUUUGGAAUGAACAACAGGUCCUGGAGUCUGUACAGCUCUGGUAGUAGUUACUAUGUCUGGUACAAUAAGACAGGAACAUCUGUCUUCUCCUCCUCUUUCUCUGAAAGAGUAGCAGUUUAUUUGGACUUUCCUGCUGGCAUCCUGUCCUUCUACAGAGUCUCCUCUGACUCACUGAUCCACCUCUACACCUUCAACACCACAUUCACUGAACCUCUUUAUCCUGGGUUUGGGUUUGGGUCCUGGUUCAAGUCUCACUCCUCAGUGUCUCUGUGUUCAGUGUAGCAGAGAGUCUGCUCCUGUUAGAGGAACUUUCUCACUUGAAUGGAUGGAGGAAGCUAGGCACAUUUUAAUAUAGUAAUCAUAUUGUUAAAGUAACAAUUUUUGUUUCAACUGUGUUUAAAUUAAAUAUGAGAUUUAUUACUUAUACAUGUCCCAAAAACAUUUAUAGCUUUAACUCUACUUUUAUGCUUUAUUUUUUCAAACAAAUCAUUGGAGUGGUCAGCAGAUCUGAGUGUCACUGACUUUCUAAGGAUAGAUUCAGCGUAUUAUGCUUGUUAUUGAACAUGCACACAGAAUAUUCAGGAGACUUUGAACAUACUGCUUUCUAGAGAUACUUUAGAAAUUGAGGAUAUUAUAGCCUGUUAACCUUGUUAAAAUAAUACAAAACAUGUAUGCAAUGUGUUUUAAAGUGACACUUUAUUCAUUGAAUUAUGUGAAUUAACCAGUCAGACAAAAUAAAUAAACUUGUGUAUUGUUGAAAAAA